CAACCUGUCACCGAACAUGGAUUACCACCACCGCCACAUGGAGCAGCAGCAGUGGGGCUACUGGCCGCCUGCGCCCGCGCCUGCAGCGCCGCCUGCUCCGAGGAGCAAACGCACGCAUUCUGAGAGCGAAGACGAUGCGUUCUCGGAAGAGAGCAGUAAAGACGCCACUUCUCCCGGCGGUGAUUCCUGUCAACUCAUGACGCGCAAGCGCCGCAGAGGCGUCAUCGAGAAGAAGCGACGUGACCGCAUCAACACCUCCCUCACCGAGCUGAAGAGGCUUGUACCAGCAGCUUGUGAGAAACAGGGCAGCGCGAAGCUGGAGAAGGCUGAGAUACUGCAGUUGACUGUGGACCAUCUGAAGAUGAUACAUGCUAAAGGUCUCGACACGUUCGCUUACGACCCCCAGCGCUACGCCAUGGACUACCACAGCAUAGGUUUUAGAGAGUGCGCGGCCGAGGUCGCUCGCUAUCUCGUCAGCUGCGAAGGCCUCGACAUCCAAGAUCCUUUGCGAUUACGCCUCAUGAGCCAUCUACAGUGCUUCGCGGCGCAAAGGGAGCUAGCAGCUAAAUCCUCAAACUGGGGGUAUCCUCAGUACCCCACACCAGUACAUCCUCAACCUCAAACUCAGCAUGGUUAUGAGCUAAGACCAGAAGCAACAACCUCAACUGCGACGACAACUGUUGCUGCACCCAUGGCUGUGGCAGCACCGUUAUCCGCCCCUCCGUCUUACCCCCACUACCCCGCCCCUCCAGCACCUCCAGCGCCCCCUGGCCCGCACCCCGCGCCCCCUGUUCCUCAUUAUCCUACUCCGUAUCCUCACCAGCCUACGCAUAACCAGUAUUCGCAGAACAGCUCGAAACCUUAUAGGCCUUGGGGUGCGGAGUUAGCUUAUUAG